GAAGACAUAAGGCUGCGCCGCGCCGCAUUCAUUCGUCUGUUGAUUUGAAAUAAGAAAGGUUUUUGUAUUUAAGUGUUUGAAGUGUUUAAGUCAAUGUAAACAAUUCGGGACAGUGUGUCCAAACACAAAAAUUUCUUGAUGAAGCAACUGAGAUCCACAUGAAAUACUGUUAUGAAGAUGGCCUUUAUUAAAGAGGAGAGUGAAGAAAUGAGGAUCGAAGAAGCAUUCAAGGUGAAACAAGAAGAUACUGAUAAACAAACAGACCUGAUGAUGCCGAAAGAGGAGAAUAAGAUACUGAAUGAAAUAGAAGACAAAGCUCCGUAUGAGAAACAAGAAGUAGACCUUAAAGUUCACAUUAAAAUUAGCAAUGGAGAGAGCCCUAACACUUGCCAACAGUGUGGAAAAGAGUUCCGUAAAAAAGCAACCCUUAAAGGCCACAUGAGAAUUCACACUGGAGAGAAGCCUUUCACUUGUCAACAGUGUGGAAGAAGUUUUACUCAAAAAGGAACCCUUAACAGGCACAUGAGAAUUCACACCGGCGAGAAGCCUUACACCUGCCAACUGUGUGAAAAGAGCUUUACAGCAGAAGUAAACCUGAAGUAUCACAUGAACAGUCACACAGGAGUUAAGCCGUUCAUAUGUGAACAAUGUGGAAAGUUUUUUAAACGUAAGAAAACUCUUAGUUCCCACAUAAAGAAACACUCAAAAGAAAACUGUUUUGCAUGUCAUCAGUGUGGAAUGAUUUUCCAGGACAUAAAAUGCUUUAAUAGACACAUUAUACUUCACUCUGGAGAAAAGAUGUUUGAAUGCCAAGAGUGUGAAAAGAAAUUUCGAUUCAAAGUAAGUCUUAAGUCUCACAUGAGAAUUCACACUGGAGAGAAACCUUACACAUGCCCUCACUGUGGAAAAAGUUUCAGACAUAGCAUAAGCCUCAAGACUCACGUGAGACUUCACACUGGAGAGAAGCCUUUCACAUGCUCUCAGUGUGGAAAGAGUUUCAAAUAUAAAGCAACCUUUAACGCUCAUAUGAGAGGUCACACUGGAGAAAACCCUUACACGUGCAAACUGUGCGGGAAUAGCUUCUCACAAAAAGGAAAUCUUAAGACUCACAUGAGAGUUCACACUGGAGAGAAGCCAUUCAUAUGCGGUCAGUGCGGAAAAUCUUUCACACGUAAAGAGAGCCUUAAUUACCACAUGAGAAUUCAUUCAAGAGACAACGGGUUAAAAUGUCACGAAUGUGGAAAGUGUUUCCCAGAUGAGAAAAACCUUAAGAGGCAUGUACUAAUUCACACCGGAGAGAAGCCUUUCACCUGCCAUCACUGUGGAAAGCGUUGUAGAUUAAAAGGAAACCUUAAGGCUCACAUGAAAAUUCACACUGGAGAGAAAUCUUUCAUCUGUCCUCAGUGUGGAAAAGGUUUUGCAUUUAAAGGAAACCUUGAAGUUCACAUGAGAGUACACACUAGAGAGAGGCCUUUUAAACGUCUUCAGUGCAAGAAGAAUUACACAUAUCAAAAAGACUUGAACCUUCAUUUGCAAACUCAUUCUGGAAAGAAAUUGCAGUGCUCUGACUGUGGUAAGAGGUUUAGAAAAAGGAGCAAUAUGAAAAAUCACCAGUGCGUUCACUCUGAAGGAAGGCAGUUUAAUUGUAAUCAAUGUAAUAGAAAAUUUAUUUUGCUUUCACACUUGCAGAUACAUCUGAAAAGUCAUGCAGAUGUAAGACGUUAUUUGUGUUCUGUGUGUGGGAAGAGAUUUAAAUGGCUUGGCGAUUUUAAAUGUCACCAGAAAAUGCGUGUCUGUAUUAAAUCAAGGCUACGUUCAAACCGCAGCUGAAUGUGGCCCGAAAUGGUGCUCUUUGGUGAGGCUGUUCAUGUGCCAUUUUAAAUGUGGCCCUUAUAAGAUCUGAAAAGUUGAAGCUUUUAUUUCUUUUUAGAUGUAGGUAUGAAUGCCUGUGGUCAUGCCUGACUUUGGAAUCAAAAUAUUAGUUACAUCGUGACAUUUCACAGUGAGACAAAUGUGUACGAAACAUAAACAAAAGGACAGAAUUAAUGAAAUAAUGAACCUUGUGCUGCAUUAUUUGAUUUAAGUUUUUUUUUAAAGGGCAUUUCCACAAUGUGCUUAAAGUGCUCUAUUUUAACACACUAAUUUAGUAUUUAAUGUACUAAAACUUAUUCUUUAGUACUACUCUAAAGAAAUAUUAUUGCUUAUUAUUUAUCUUUUUCAUUUAGUCAUAAAAAAUGUUGGUAACACUUUAUAAUAAGGUUCAUUAGUUAACAGCAAGAGUUAACAUGAACUUAGAAUGAAGAAUACUUCUACAGCAUUUAUCAAUAAUGUUAAUUUCAAUAUUUACUGAUGAAUCUUUUAAAUCACAAGUUGUCAACAUUAGUCAAUGUACUGUGAACUAACAUGAACAAUUAACUAUUAUAAUUUUAUUAACUAAUAUUAACAAAGAUUAAUAAGUAGUCUAAUAAAAGUAUUGUUCAUUGUUUAUGUUCAAUGUGUUGAAUUUAAUUACAUAAUUAUUUGAUUAAGUGAUGAUUGAGUAUUAAGGAUGAACACCUGCUGUUAACUAGCAAAACCACGGACUGAAAGAGGAACAACAAGAACACAAAAGAUGAGCAGAAACCCAACUCCAACUGCCAAAUAGGGUAUGUAUCUUUAAGGUUUUAACAGUGUUACUACUGAUACUGCUUAUUGAUCUGGUACUUUAAUAGUAUACUAGGUUCUUUUUUUUUACAAGAACGAAAACUCCUGAAGCAAAUUAAGAAUGUAAUUAACAUUGCUUUAUUUAUAGCAUUUUAAUACUUUAGCAAAAACUAAUACUAGGUUAACCAAAGUAAAUAAA